AUGUUGAGAUCGUCAAGAACUCUUGGGCGUCAAUGGGCGACCGGUCGUGCUCAGCAGCGAUCUGCAGCCCAGCCACACAUCGGACCUUCAUCUGAGCCCCGGCGGCGACUGUCUACCACCAGGGUGAUGCAAAUCAUGGAGACGACGGGCUUUACAGAAAACCAGCUCAUGGUCCGCGAGGCCAUCUCCAAAAUCUGCGCCAACUUCCCCAACACGUACUGGCAGGAAAAGGACCGGACCGAGCAGGACCCCAAAGAGUUCCACGCCGCCGUGGCCGAAGCCGGCUGGCUGGGCAUCGCGCUGCCCGAGUCGCUCGGCGGCGCCGGUCUGGGCAUGGCGGAAGCCACCAUGAUGAUGCAGACGAUUGCCGAGUCGGGCACGGGCAUGGCGGGCGCGCAGGCCAUCCACGCCAACGUCUACGCCACGCAGCCGCUCGCGCGGUUCGGCUCCCCGGCGCAGCUGCAGGAGACGGUGCCCAACAUCAUCGCCGGCCGGUGGCGCGCCUGCUUCGGCGUGACGGAGCCCGACGCCGGGCUGGACACGCUGCGGCUGUCGACGCGCGCCACCAGGACGGCCAACGGCGGCGAAUAUCGCAUCACCGGGCAGAAGAUCUGGAUCACCUGCGCGCAGGUCGCCGCGCGCAUGAUCCUGCUCGCGCGCACGGCGCCCCGCGACGACGCCGCGGCGACCGGUCUCUCGCUGCGCCCGAUCCGGAAGAUGGGCGGCCGCGCCGUCGACGCCAACGAGGUCUUCUUCGACGACUACGCCGUGCCCGCGUCGAGCCUCGUCGGCGAGGAGGGUGCCGGCUUCCGCAUGAUCCUGCACGGCAUGAAUGCCGAGCGCUGCCUGCUCGCCGGCGAGGCGCUCGGCCUCGGGUACGCCGCGCUCGGCCGCGCCGCCGCGUACGCCGCGUCCCGCGUCGUCUUCCAGCGCCCCAUUGGCGCGAACCAGGCCGUCGCGCACCCGCUCGCCGACGCCUACAUGCGGCUCGAGGCCGCCAAGCUGGCCACGUACCACGCCGCCCGCCUGUACGACGCGAGCCGCACCGACGACCCGGCCAUCCGCCAGGACGCCGUCGGCGUCGCGGCCAACAGCGCAAAGUACCUGGCCGCCGAGGCCGCCUUUACGGCGUGCGAGCGCGCCGUCCUGGCGCACGGCGGCAUGGGCUACGCCCAAGAGUACGACGUCGAGCGCUGGUUCAGGGAGUCUCUGGUGCCGCGCAUCGCGCCCGUCAGCCGCGAGAUGAUUCUCAACUACAUAAGCGAAAAAGUGCUGCGCUUGCCCAGAAGCUAUUAG